AUGGUACGCACUCGCGACCGUACCGCCUUCGGAGAGUAUGUCGAGGCUGUCUACCCCGACCAGUCGUCGGAGACCGAAGACAUCUGGAACUCUGCGACUUUCAUCCCGCGCACAAAGAAGUUCCUCGGUGCAAUGGCUGAUCUCAGCACUAGUCAUCCAAGCGACAAGAUCGAAGCUGGCAGUCUAUGGCAGCUCAAGCAUGGUCUGUAUCGGUGGGCUUCUAUCUUGUUGCCGAACUUCAACACCAUGUGGCAGAAGUGGCACGAGGAAGUCUGCCGUCAUAUUCAUUUCGUCGCUGUGCAGUACGACCUUGAUUUAGCGUCAAACGCCAAGAACAACCUCUCCGAUCCUGAACUUGCUCUCAUCUUCCGAAUUAUCAUGGAGCGUGACUACGGUGACGCGAAUCUCAAGCAGCAGUGA